CCCUCUGCAGAACAUUCUUUGGGAUAUGUUGGAAGACAGUGUUGACUGAUGCUGCCAGGUCUUUGGGGACGUAAGGCUGCUCUAGAUCUACUACCUGAACAGGUCUGUUCUGGACUUGAUGUUGACAGGUAAGGAAAAGACUGGAUGCCGUUCCUGGGGAUGCUACAGCUGUGUCUCGUCUGUUCCUGGAGGCUGGAACACUGAACUGUUAGAAGGAACACCCUGCCUUCCUGUCAUAAUGAGUCCCUAGCAACCACCUACUUCGGGUCACAGACAGGGAGAGGAGAGACAGCAGAGUCCUUGGCUCUUUCUGGUGCAGAUAAACUGGUGUGAGGAAGCUGAGAAAGAAAAUCCAGUAGCACAGCUACAACCAUGGCAUGUGUAUCCUUUCGAGAGCCAGUAUCGACCACAGUGGGGAAGCGGAUGGUUUUUACAGGCCCAGAUUAUGUAAAGGAUCAUCUCCCUAAAAUUGCUCAGCAUACUUCCUAUAUAGGAGAGAAGUGUCCUGCAUUAGAAAAAACGGGAGAUCUCAGAUAUUUACGGAGGCCUGCCUCAAAGAGAAGCUUGCCGGCCAAAUAUAAAUCUGAGUAUGUUGGUGAAAUUGGUUGGGGAAUACCAGUGUAUGAUUUUAUCAACAAAACAAGGCUUCAGACUGGCUUUCACGUUAAGUAUGAAGAGUUCAGUCAAGCUGCUGUUGAGAAACUAAGCCACAGAUACCAGAACCCAUGGCAACCAAAUCCUUCUAUUAUGGAUGCAGAAGAAAGCUUCAGUCGUGGUUUUAUUGCCUGGCAUAUGGGUGAUUAUGAGGACACCAAUCAAAGAAACUCCAAACGGGCCAUCCUCCUUCGGCAGAGCCAGGCAGCAUUGCCAAGAGUUUCCAGACCACCUAAGCUGCCAAAGCUACCAAAAGAGCAGGAGCUUGCGUGGAAAAGCAAGAUGCUACAAAAGGUGCACUCAACAGUUAUUGUCUGUGAAGCCCUGGAAGGUGAGGGGAGGAGGGAUGGGAAGCGCCCAGAACGUGUCAACGAGGAGAAGGAAACCGAGACUGCGGGUGCUCGAAGCCGGUGCAGAGGGGACGCUAUGACCUCACUCAGCACGGACGGGGAGAGGGUGGCCACGGGCGAGGUCCACGACAACCGCCGCGAUGCCACGGAGCCAGGGACUUGGAACACCCGUCUCGUGCCAGACAUCAGGCAAGAGGAAACAGAAAACACGGUGAUGGUGACGCCGCAGCCACCGGAACGGAGGGUGGCACGCGCGGGCUUCACCCGGCCGCUGACCCGGGGUCCCCGCGCUGUCUUCUCAGGACGGCGGGACCCCUCUCCCCAGCUUGGGGAGCUCGCGCUGGAACUGGGAGACGUCUCAGCCCCGCUGCUGGGCCCCGACGUGCUCACGCCAUCGCCCGGCCCGGCCCAGCCGCAGCUGUCCUGA